AUGAGAAUAGAACUGGUGUCAUGGCUGUUCCUGCUGUCGCUUUGUUAUGUGCUUGGCCAGUUUCAAAGGAUUUGGGGCCAGAAUGGGCCACUCUAUGAGUCCACGAAGCAGCUUAUAGCCAGCCAAAGCUCCCGUGCUGCCAGGAUAUGGAACGAGACCCAACAGGCGAUCUACGAGCGAUCCGAGCGACUUCAGCUGGCCAAGGACACACUGGAUGACCAACAGGGAAACGUGAGUGCCCGCCUGGAACUAUUCUUCGACAGUGAUUACAGCGCCGAGUGGCGAGCCUGCUCCAAGAAGCAUGAGCUCCAGGUGGCCCACUUCAAUCGGGAGCUGGUGGACAAGUACAGCAUCUGCCGGAAUUUCCUGGACCACAUCAUGGGUCAUUUCCAGCAGGAAAUCGUUCAUGAAGCCGAUUUCUUAGGCAGAGCUUCGCUUGAGAUCGCUGGAAUAUCUAAAGCCUGCCAAAUUUGGCAACUAAAACAGCCCGGACUCAAUCACGCCGGAGUCUUGCUCUGCACUGUGGCCGGAAUAGGAGGCAUCAAUCAGCGGAUGUCAGCCAGCCUGGUUGUCUGCGAUGAUAUCCUGCUGGAGAUGGUGCAGGAGGAUCUGGACACACCGAGCUGCCUGUUCUAUCAUAAUCUCAAGAUGGAGUUUGAUGAGGUCUUCGCUCAGAUUGAGUCGUGUGCUAUGAACUGA